AGCUCCGCCGCAAGCUACGGUAGACCAUACAGCAGCCGAGCGUCGGUAGCAGGAUGACAGGGCUCGACUGUCCGAUGCAGACCAAGGCCCUGCACCUCUUUUGGCACAAGGCCGAGCUUCGGUUGGUGGAGCAACAGGCACCCGAGGCGCCCGUGUUCGCCGUGUCACGCCCCACGCUCUUUGGAGGGCGCGAGGAGUUCCUCUUGCAGUACCCGGCGCGGUUGGAGCCUCCGACGGAGCGGGACAUCGCCCGCCACCGAUUCACUGUUCGACACGGCAAGAAGCGGCGCAGUUUCCAGGCACCCGACGCCGCCACGUUCGAGGCGUGGCUGUCAGCGCUGGAACAGGCUCUGGAGCCCAAGGCGGAGCCUGACCACUCCCCCACCCCAAGCAGCACGAGCAGCAACGCCACGACUGCAGUCAGCAGCCAGGGCAAAAUGAGCACCUCCGGGAGCACCACGAGCAGUCGAGGCAAAAUGGACACCGCCGGCUGCAACAUGAGCAGCCAACGUAGCAAUGUGAGCAGCCAGCGCAGCAACGUCUCAGCCACCAGGGCCCCUCCGCUGCGGCUCACGCUGGAAUGGCCAUGCUUCACUCGGGACCCAAACAAUUUCAAACUCAUUUGGCUGCACCGUCCAGCGUGGGCCGUUCCCAGUCCCGCCAAAGCUGACAAAGAGGCUGACGUCGGAGAGCAGGACGCGAGUACGGCGGAGUUUGAAGAGGAGGGUGGAGAUGGUGUAACGGAUGGGAUCGAGUUUGGAGAAGAAGCGCUUCAAGGGGUCUCCGAGACCGAUGAGGAGGAGGAAAGGGACAACGACGUGCUGAGCGUGUUCACUGACGAAGAAGCUCCGGAAGAAGGUUCCCACGAAUUUGUGGACGUCGAGACAGAUACUGUGAGUGCAGAGGAAGAGUUUGAUUAUUGUGACCUGGAGACCAUCACCGAUGAUGAGGGCUCGAUGCCAACUACCGCCAUUGCAACGAGUCCCGUGAACGCGUCCAAGUUUGAGGAGCUGGUCGAUAUGGUGCCACGUAAAGCUGACGGCUCCAAAAAUGUGGAGAGUACAGCGAUUCCCGAAGGUGUUGCGGUUGCCAAGGCCGAGAGCCCGAGGCUUGUGGGAACUGCUAGUGCCGACAGCCAUGGAGUUGUGGAAGCAGUGCUCGAGACCUUGGUGGAUGCGGUGGUAAAGCAUUCCAGUAUUGACGAAGCUGCCUGCGUCGGUCCUGACGCAGGGGUGGAACCACCAGAGGGUGAAGAAGCAGCCAAGGCUCUGGUUCCUGCUGUAAGCAGGCCCAGGAUUGACGGUGUUGAAGCUUUCGAUGAGCUCACGGCUAACGAGGGCGAGGUCAAUGAUGCUGAGGCCAGCGAGAGAACAGCCCCUGAGUCACUGGUGGCCGAAGUGAGUUCUCCAGAGAACAGCAAAGAGGGCAUAUUUGCGGUUGAAGGUGUAGUAUCUCCCGCUACACCUCGCAGCUCCAAGAAGCGGUCGGUUGUAAAGAGCUCUAAGCGUAGCGCUAGUAUCGCCUCCAAGUUCAAGUGGGUUCCGCUCGACCCCACCAAUUCCAGUCUCAUUUGGGUACAGGGCUCUGCCGAUGCCGAUACAAAGUCUGCCCCUCGAAGCAAUCCACGACGUAAAACGUCUCGGAAGUGGAGUCCUGUUGAUCCAAGCAACUCCAGGCUCAUUUGGGUCCAACGCGUCGAGGCAGCGGCUCGAGUGGAGUCGCGAUACAAGGCGACGUCGAGCUCUCGAAAGUGGGUCCCUCUUGAGCCGGACAACUCCAAGUACAUUUGGAUCCGGCGGCAGCCGUCCUCAGGUGCUUCAAGCGUGGGUCGUCACGCGAAGCAGCAGCAGCGCCGGAACUGA